ACAAAAAAUGAAUAAAUUAAUUAAAUUAUAGAAAAAAUAAUAACCAAAGUUUGUUUAGAAGAUAAAAGAAGGAAAUAAAGAGAUACACAAUGAGAGACAUAAUGCUAAGAUUUGUGUUAUUGUUCAUAUUUGUGGUAUGUAUGAUGAACCUUCAACAUGUUGAGGCUAACAUUGGUGAUUAUGAUGAUCAUUGGAUAAAAAAAGAGGAUGCUGCGAAGUGGAAUGCAGCUAAGGCAUACAAUCCUAAUCCUCAUGGAGUUGUUAACAAGCUUAAUCUUGAAGUUCGAAAGGCCUUGGAGGAAACCAACCAUAAAAGAAGACGCUUAGGAAAAUAUAGUGGCCCUUGCUUAGCAGCAAACCCCAUAGACAGAUGUUGGAGAUGCGACGACGAUUGGUCAAAAAAUCGUCAAAAGCUAGCCGAUUGCGUGCUAGGGUUCGGCCAUAAGACGUCGGGAGGAAAAGGCGGACCAAUCUACGUAGUAACCGAUAACUCAGAUAACGAUAUGUUAAACCCUAAACCUGGAACUCUACGUCAUGCAGUAAUCCAAGAUGGGCCACUUUGGAUCAUUUUUAAGCAUGGAAUGAGCAUUAGACUUAGUGAAGAACUCUUAGUAUCAAGCAAUAAGACGAUCGAUGGGCGAGGCGGACACGUACAUAUUGCCGGGGGAGCCGGAUUAAUGUUACAAUUUGUGGAUAAUGUGAUUAUACAUAAUGUACAUAUACAUGAUAUUAAGGUGGGAAAAGGAGGAUUAAUUCGAGAUUCAGUUAAUCAUUACGGGUUUAGAACGGCUAGUGAUGGUGAUGGGAUUUCUAUAUUUGGAUCUACUAAUAUUUGGGUUGAUCAUGUUUCUAUGUCUAAUUGUAUGGAUGGUUUGGUUGAUGCAAUUGAAGCUUCUACUGCUAUUACUGUCUCUAAUUGUCACUUCACUGAUCAUAAUGAUGUAAUGUUGUUUGGAGCAAGAGAUUCUUCGACACAAGACGAAAUAAUGCAAGUAACAAUAGCCUUUAACCACUUUGGGAAACGUUUAAUCCAAAGGAUGCCAAGAUGUAGAUUUGGAUUCUUCCAUGUUAUUAACAAUGACUAUACUCAUUGGGAAAUGUAUGCCAUUGGAGGCAGCCAACAUCCUACUAUCAUUUCUCAUGGCAAUCGUUUUAUUGCACCACCUAAUAUUUUUGCUAAAGAGGUAACGAAGAGGGAAUAUGCACCAUAUAGUGUAUGGAAAGAUUGGCUAUGGACAUCAGAUGAAGAUCUAAUGUUGAAUGGAGCUUUCUUUAAUCAAUCUGGUGAUAAACACAAGGAACUCGGCUAUACACGCCAAGAUGUAAUCACUUCUAAGCCUGGAACUUAUGCUACACGUCUCACUCGUUUUUCUGGUGCCCUUAAGUGUUCUGAAGGAUCAGGAUGCUAAAUUAACUACCCGAUUUUUACCGGACCCACAUAAUUUUUCUGUACUAAAUAUUAUACUCCCUCUGUCUCUAUAAAAUUGCAUCAUUUAAUUUAAAUAUAUGAGAGGUUUUUGAGUUAAAUAGUGUUAUUUCUUAGAAACAGAGGGAGUAAUUGUUAGGGUUAGCUUGCUAGUCUCUAAGAUCAUUAUGCGAGGCAACAAUUAAUAAUACGUGCCUGCUCAAUUUAUUCUACAAUUAGUUUUUUUGUAAAUAUCUAGUUGAUCAAGUUUUACGUAUAUAUCUAAUCGAUUUAUUUUAAUUAUACUUGUAUCUGUUUUGUCGAUCUACUCUAAAACUCUAGUUAUU